AUGGAGGUGAGCACCGUGUCCGCAUCUCCUGCCUCACCCACUGAAGGAGACGAUCUUUGUGAGACAGAUGUCACCACCGUGGUGACACACAGUGUGACACUGCUCAUCUGCCUCUGUGGGCUGGCUGGCAACGGGGCUGUCCUCUGGCUCCUUGGCUCCCGUGGUUUGUACAGGAACAGAACCAUCCUUUGCAUCCUCAUCCUGACUUUCUUCGACUUCCUCUUCCUCCUCUUUCUGGUCCCCUCCACUCUGCUCUUCCUGGUGGAGGACAUGUCCUGCUCUAUCAUCAUGCCCUUGCUGUACACAUGGUUGCUUUUUGAGGCGCCACUGCUGUCAUACGGCAUGUGGCUGUACACACUGACAUGCAUCAGCAUCAAGAGGUGCACACCCAUCCACUGCCCGUUCUCGCACUGCUGCCACCAUCCCCAGCCCCUGUUCAAGGUGAUGCAUGCCCUGCUCGGGGUCUUCUUUAUCACUCUCAUCACUAUCUUUGCCACCAUGAUUUCUCUGUGUGUGUUCCAGCUAUCUGGGCACUGCUGGGUGUCUCUCAUCUCCAUGUACACCUUCAACCUCCUCUUCUGUGCUCCCUUCGUGCUCAUUUCCAGCACAAUCCCCUUCAUUAAGGGCAAGUCUGGCUCCCCUCAGCAGCAACCCAGGAGGCUCGACAUUGUUAUCUGCAUCAUUGUGCUCUUCACUCUGCCUCGCAGCCUCUGGAAUUUACUGCAGCAAUUUGGUUAUGCCAUCGUGCCCUCCCAGGUUGCUUUCCUACUUGCCUGCAUCCACAACAGCAUCAACCCCUUCAUCUACUUCUUGGUGGGGAGGUGCUGGAGGCCCUGCUCUAUGGGCUCCCUCUGGCUCUCCCUCCAGAGAGUCUUUGAGGAGCCAGAAGAAAACACUGCCCACAGAAAUGAUCCUGUCACGGACACUGUACUCUGA